AUGAUUCAAUAUCAGACGGGGUCGACAUUUUGUCUUUAUCCUUUUAACAAUUAUGAAUACGAAAGUUACGCAACAGAUGCAGUUUCUAUUGGAACUUUUCAUGCUGUUGAGAAUGGGAUUCUGGUAGUCGCCGCAGCCGGGAAUGGCGGUACAGAGGAAGACCCUCCACGCAUUGGGAACGUUGCUCCGUGGAUUUUGACUGUUGGUGCCACCACCAUUGACAGGUUCUUUGAGUCUGAUGUUGUCUUGGGAAACAAUAAAGUCAUCAAGGGAGGAGGUGUUCAUACAUCAACUUUCCAGAAAAGUCCAGUGUACCCUUUGACUGAUGGUCGUUCAGCUAUGAAACCAGGAGCUAAUGAGGUGGAUGCAAGUAAUUGUUACAUAGAUGCCUUGGAUGCAAACAAAGUGAAGGGGAAGAUCGUUCUUCGCCGAAACAGCCUCGAAGAUACUACAACAAGCGGACAAUACGAAGACAUACAACGUCUAGGCGGAAUAGCUUUGGUAUAUGUUGAUAACUAUGGGCAACUAAUAGACUCAGUUUCUGGAUCUAUCCCAAGGAUCCCAAUCACUUGGCAGGAUCGAGAGCAAAUUCAGGCUUAUAUGAACUCCACCAGGAACCCAACGGCAACUAUUCUACCAACUAUAACUGUAUCAAACGUGAAGCCAGCUCCAUCUGUAGCAUUCUUCUCAGGGCGUGGUCCGAUAUAUAAGAAUGACUAUUUAAUCAAGCCAGAUGUUGUAGCACCUGGGGUUGACAUUCUCUCUGCUUGGCCUUCCAAUGUUACAAACGAAGCCUUUAAUAUACUCUCGGGUACAUCAAUGUCUUGCCCUCAUGUUACAGGAAUCGCAGCUCUAAUCAAAUCGAAAUACCCCUCUUGGGGCCCGACUGAAAUUAAGUCCGCACUCAUGACCACAGCGAAUCCGGCUAACAAUUUGAAGAAACCAAUCACCAACAAUGUUGGUGAUCCAGUCACCCCAUACGAGAUGGGUGCUGGAGAAGUAACAUUGUUCAGUCCAUCACAGCCAGGACUAGUUUACAAAACAAAGGGAGUGGAAUAUUUGCGCUUCUUGUGCUACAAGGGCUACAACACUUCAACAAUAAAACUCCUGUCAUCAAUGUUUCCUGCAAACUUUUCCUGCCCCAAAAACUCCAACGAGGAAAUGAUCUCCAACAUAAACUACCCAUCAAUCGUCAUUGUUCAAUCGGCAAACCGUAAGUUCACAACAGUUACAAGGACAGUUACAAAUGUUGGAGACGAAGAAUCGACUUACAGAGUAACUGUUGAAAUGUCCCAGAACGUGGAGAUCAAAGUGAGCCCAACUGAGUUGAAAUUCACCAAAUACCAGAAAAAGUUAAGCUAUGAAGUGACAACUUAUGCAGCUCAACUCAAUGGUUUUGCAUAUGGUUCAAUCUCAUGGAGCAAUGAAAAACACAAUGUUCGCAUCCCUUUUGUUGUGACUAAUUAA